AUGCUCAAGCCGCGGUGCUUCUCCUCAUCAAUGUGCAGACGCUCAGCCGACGAACCUGCGCCGAAGCCACCACCUCCCAUUGAUGAUUCCACCUCUGCGUUGGACUACAAGCGGCGAACGACCUUGCAGCACCGUCCGCCACCCCUCCCGGCCAUGGACUUACGUCCGAGGACAGCGGAGGAGGCUGUCACGAAUAUCCUCUACAACACGCCGCCGCCGAGCUUGCAGCCAUUCAAGAAGCAUGUACUGAACUGCCUUGUUCAGAACGAGCCGGGAGUGUUAUCUCGCGUGUCGGGUAUUCUGGCAGGCCGUGGAUUCAACAUCGACUCCUUAGUUGUGUGUCGGACUGAGAUUCGGGACCUGAGUCGGAUGUGCAUCGUCCUCCGCGGCCAGGACGGUGUCAUUGAACAGGCACGCAGGCAACUAGAAGACUUGGUUCCCGUGUGGGCCGUGCUUGACUACACGGAUACACACUGCAUCGAACGCGAGCUCCUCCUUGUCAAAGUCUCCAUCCUCGGUCCCGAAUACGUGGAGGAGCAGCUGCAAGGCGGGCCCACUCACGAGCCCCGAAGAAGCAUCUCGUCCUCGCUCGCCCUAUCUGCCGAGCACAACGCCGAAAAGCUAGAGCGAGAGAUGACGCUCGUGCAAAACUUUGAGCGCGGCGCGCGCCCAGAACAAGAGGCGCAGGUCCCCCCGCCGCUCACGCCAACGCAGGCGCUGCACCUACGCAGCGACAACCUGAACGCCGUGUCUGUGCUAUCUUCGCAGUUUGGAGGGCGCAUCGUGGACGUGAGCGAGAACAGCGUGAUCGUGGAGAUGUGCGGCAAGACGAGCCGCGUGGAGGCGUUCUUGGCGCUGCUCAAGCCAUUUGGUAUCCUGGAGGCUGCUCGGACUGGUCUUAUGGUAAUGCCGCGUACACCCAUUGCCAGAGCACCUGAGAGCAGCGAUGAAGCUGAAGACGGUGCCGGCGUGGACGCCAGCCUCCUCCCUCCUGGCUAA